CUCCUUCAAGUGCGAUCUUUCUUUUUCUUUCCCCCCCCCUCAUCCUCUCACCCCUCACCACUCUUUCGACCCCAGGCAUUAUUCUCCCACUAUGGCUGCGGAACAAAGAAAGCUGCUUGAGCAGCUCAUGGGAGCGGACCAACUCAUCGGCACAGGAGCGCAAUCCCGCAAUGCGCAACUCGCCAUCACCGAUCCGAAAGUCUGCCGUUCCUACCUCGUCGGCACCUGCCCCCACGACCUCUUCACCAACACCAAACAAGACCUGGGCCAGUGCCCGAAAGUGCACAGCGAAGGAUUGAAGACGGAAUACGAGGCCGCCUCGGCUGCGGACAAGGCCAAGUGGGGGUUUGACUACGAUUACAUGCGCGACAUGCAGAAGUACAUCGACGACUGUGACCGACGCAUUGACUCGGCGCAGCGACGGCUGGAGAAGACCCCGGAUGAAAUCCGACAGACGAAUAACCUGCUGAAACAAAUCGCCGACCUCACCAACACCAUCAACUCGGGUCUGCUCGAGAUCUCCGUCCUGGGCGAGACCGGCGCCGUGGCGCAGGCCCUGAACGAACUGCACAAGAUCCGCACCGCCAAGCACCAGAAGGAGACGUGCGAGCGCGACCUCAAGAACCUCCAAGACACCUCGGGCCCCUCGGGCCACCAGAAGCUGCAGGUCUGCGAUGUCUGCGGCGCGUACUUGAGUCGCCUCGACAACGACCGCCGCCUGGCCGAUCACUUCUUCGGCAAGAUGCACAUGGGGUACUCGGACAUGCGCAAGACCUUCAAGCGACUCAGCGAGGAGCUCAAGGGUCGGCCUCCGCCGGUCCGGCACCACGAUGACGAGGACGAUCGUGAUCGGGGCUGGGGCGGUGGUCGCUCCGGGGGCGGUGGCCGCGGGCCUCGCUACGGUGGUGGUGGCGGCGGUGGUGGUGGGUACAAAAAGCGUGGUCCUCGGUGGUGA